AUGAGCGACACAGAAGGAGAAGGCCCUUCUACGCCAAAGAAAAUUAGAAAGGGUAAACAUAUCAAACAAAAAUAUCGACAGCAGUGGGAGAAUGAAGAAUUUUUCAAAGACUGGAUUGCUCCUGUUGAUGAUGAUCCGUAUAGAGCGAAGUGUACUAAGUGCGAUGUGAAAUUAUCAUGUGAACUUUCAACUCUGCGACGGCAUGUCACAAAUAGUAAGCAUAAAAACAGACAAAUGGCUGCACUUUCUACAAAAAGUUUAAGCUCUUACUACAAAUCACGUGAAAAGGACAAAGACGUCUUAGUUAUUGAGGCUGAAAUUAAACUUGCGGGAUUCGUGGCUGAACAUAAUAUAUCAUUUCUGGCAAUGGAUCAUUUGUCGGAUGUAUUGAAAUCUUGCUUCCCCGAUUCAAAAAUAGCGGCUGAUUUAGCUAUGAAAAGAGACAAAUGUACAGCAACUGUGAAAAAUGUGAUUGGUGAAAGUCAGAAAGUGUACUUAGAGAAUAUUUUGAAACACCAGAAAUUCAGUGUAAUGGCUGACGAGUCUACGGACAUUGCAUCCUGCAAAACAAUAUGCAUUGUUGUUAGGUAUUUUGAUAAAAAGUAUAAGAAAAUUAUAACAUGCUUAUGGCAAUUAGAGCCUCUGCACGCGAAAAGUGUUACAGGAGAAACGUCGUCACGAGGAUGUACUGCUGAAUCACUUUACUUAACCAUUAUUGAAACAUUCACUCAGCGUAAUGUGCCCUUAGAAAAUAUUAUCGGUUUCGCGUCAGACGGCUGUAAUGUGAUGAUGGGUGCUCAGAACUCAGUCGCCAGUCGAUUACGAUCUGCUUUACCUGGUAUACAAAUAAUAAAGUGCAUCUGUCAUUCCAUGCAUCUGUGCGCAAAUGAAGCAUGUAAAGAAAUACCACGACGUUGUGAAGAUUUGGCGCGAAAUGUGUAUGCAUUUUUCAAACAUAGUGCCAAAAGGCAAGCAGAGUAUGUUGAAUUUCAAAUUUUUAUGAAUACAAAAGUGCAUAAAUUGCUACACCCAUCUCAAACGCGAUGGUUAUCGCUACUAUCUGUUGUAAAUAGAUUGUUAGAGCAAUGGGAUAGUUUGAAAUUAUUUUUUGCUCAGAAAUGGCUUGAGGAACGCACCGUAGCUGCAGAGCUGAUUUUUCGCGAAUUACAUGACGAUUUCGUAAAACUAUAUAUUUUGUUUUUACAAUGGAUAUUGCCUAAAUUUGUAAAACUCAAUGAGUAUUUUCAAGGAUCGGAUGCCAGAUUGGUAGAACUCGACGAUAACAUGAAAUUUCUCUACAAAGAGAUCUUGCAAUGUUAUAUGUUCAGAGAUUAUAUUAACCAGACAGAAAUAUGUUCUAUUAACCCAGAAAAUUCAGAGUAUUUUCUUCCCCAAAUAUACAUGGGUGUUAAAGUCCUCACUGAAACUAAAAAACCAAAUAUUAUAAACCAGAAAGACCUUUUAAAUGAAUUUAAUCAUCGAUGCCGAAAAUUUCUCAUAACGAGCUGCAAGGAAAUCCGAAAGAGAUACGAUUUUUCAGAUGAGAUACUUCCACUUCUUAAAUAUUUGUCACCAAAAGAGGCUGUGAGCCAAAGUGUCAGAGAAACUUUUCCGUCGUUGUUGCCACUGACCCAGCAAUUGCCACGAAUUGUGAGAGAUUCGGAUAUGCAACGAAUUGAUGACGAGUGGAGGUUGCUACCAAACAUAAACAAAUUUUCAGAAUUAGAAAUAGACACAUGGAAAGUAUAUGAAUUUUGGGCAAAUGUCCAAGACACUACAGCCUGCAAAUUAUUGGCAAACUUUGCUCUAGACGUAUUAUGUCUACCACAUAGCAAUGCAGAUUGCGAAAGAGUUUUUAGUGAAGUUAAUAAUAUGAAAACAAAAUCUAGAAACAAAUUGAUAACAUCCACUGUCAACGGAGCUCUAUUAGCAAGACAAGCAGUUAAAAAUCAAGGAGGUUGUUCGAAAUUUAUAGUGUCAAAUGAUAUGCGUAAUAAAAUGAAAUGCAAUGAAAAAUAUUCAUUGCAUAGACAAGCGAGUGAUGUUUUCGAAUCAAUUAGAAACUUAUACGGUGAAGACAUUUCAGAUUUCAUGUAA